GUCGAAAACCUUGCUAUCGUCUUUGGGUGUAUAAUUGUGUAUAUUAUUAUGUUCCGACAUAACCUCAAUCAUUGAAAAUGCCUUUUUAAAUCUUUUAGGAACACUGAAUCCCGUAUCUAAUAUCCGUUUGUAAAUUGGUUGCAUACAUGCACUUGGACUGCACAUGUAGUUGUAGUUGUAGGUAUAUUACGUCCAGAUAACUUUCCCGACACUCGGCAGAGUCGACAGUUCUGAUAAAUUUAUUACCACCGUUGGUCGGGUAUUCGGGUGUGUGCGGUUCGUUAAUUUUUUUUGUGAUCAAUUGAUUUGAAUUUAGUCUAAAUGUAACGCAAACUAUUCGUCUGCGAUGGUGGUGGCCGCUGGAGUUGGGCCUGUUUCCAAGUGAUGUCGAAGGCGAACAACAAGUAGAAAAAUUUUGGUGACGAUACAUUAAUAGAUUAACAUGGAUCAGUACAGUGCUAAGGCACUGAUCAUUGCUUUGUCGAUAGUUUCGAGACUAUUUUUCGGUUUCACCCCAUUACUUGUAUCCAGAAAACUGUUAACCAACAAAUCUACAGAUUCACUGACGUCAAAAACACUGGAGUAUCUAGUUUCAUUAUGCUUAAGUUUGGGUGGAGGUGUGUUGCUAGCUACCUGUUUUGCUCAUUUGAUACCAGAAGUGAGGGAGAGCCUCAUUGCAAAUUUGCCGAAAGACUAUCAUCAUUAUCCACUCACAGAACUGGUUGUUUGUAUGGGUUUUUUUCUUGUCUAUUUUGUUGAAGAGUCUGUAAAGCAUUUUGUUAAAAAACAUAAAAAACGCAGUAAAGCCAAAACUACAAGACACUGCGAUAGACUAUUACAAUGGACCAACAGUCAGUUGACAGCAGUCAAGUCUGCUGAUGAUGUUAAUUCUGUUAGUGUAGAUCAAGGAACGGGUACUCCAGAUUGCCAAAUUGAACAAAAUAAUAAUGAAAUGUCACAUGUACAUAAUUUAAGAAGUUUAUUAGUUGUACUGGCCUUAUCAUUUCAUUCUGUAAUGGAAGGACUAGCUAUUGGCUUAGAAGAAAAUAUGGAAAAUAUGGGUUUCCUGUUUUUAGCAGUUUCUAUUCACGAAUGUACUAUAUUAUUUUGUAUUGGCAUUAAAUUGGUGACUUCGUGUUCGUCUUUGACAAAUAUUGUUUUAAAUAUUGUUGUUCUUACUCUGGUAUCGCCUUUUGGUAUAUUGUUGGGAUUGUUAUUAACAUUAAAUACCAUUGAUUUGGACCAGAAUUAUCAUACAAUUGGAAAUGCAACUUUACAAGGCUUAGCUGCUGGUACAAUCCUAUAUGUUACAUUUUUUGAAGUACUAGAUCGAGAAAGAAAAAAGGACACAGCGCCUGGUUUGCUCAAGUUACUGUUAACUGUGAUUGGAUUUUUUUUUAUGGUUAUGUUAGAAAUUUUUGGUGGACAUACCCAUAAAGAAUUCGAACAUUCGAGCCAUGAACAUAACAACUGCUCUACAAUGACACAUCAUACUCAUGGACCUUAACAUGUAUUAUUAUUGAUCAUUUCAGAUGUAUUUGUUACCAGAUGUCCAGAUAUUAAAAUAAUAAUAAUUCUGUACUCCUUAAACAUAUGCAGUUUGCUUGUGUAACUUUAUAAAAGUCCAAAAAAUACUUCUGAAA